AUGUCGUUGCGUGUACCAGUGCAGUCGAUGGACGCAAGGGUCAGGAGGGACGAGGAUUCCACACUCAUAAGUGCUACGGCACAGAGGAAUGUCCGCCCGAACCAACACGAUGGCUCGAUAACACCCGUUGACGUCGACACGAAUCCACCUGCGCUCGUUGAGACACCACCCUCACCAGCUUCUCAGCGUCGCCAUGUGGCUAUCCCCGAUCCUGUUGCUUUCAAAUACCUCGAAGAAGACAGAAGUGUCACCGUCGUCGAACGAAAGGAACAGCUUCAGGGCUACGAAUUAUACCUGGUCGAACAAUGGGCAUGCUCUCGCCAAUCCCCAACGCUCGUGAUUGCCACAUAUACUGGAGACGAGAACCACUCUGUGGCAGUCGGAGUGCUGUCUGUUCCCGCAGAUGGGAAGGCCUGGUCACCGCGAUUGCGCAUAUACUUCAAGGCCAUUCAGCAAUACCAUGCCCGACCCAAGGGUACGCCCUUGGGGGAGCUGAUGGUGACGAACCUCAGCAGUUUCCCCUCUGCCUUGACCGUCAUCCCGGUUCCCGACGGGGAUAUAAGGAAGCACAGGCGCAUAUUCAUCGUCAAUGAGGACUUGAAGAGGCUUGGCUGUUCCGGCCGGUCAGGCAUGACCUUGUCCGAGCCCACCGGAGCUGCCAAGGCGAAGUUCUACCAGCUUUACAAGAUAGACGACAAGGUGCCAUUCACCGAUGCUGUCGUCGAACUCGUCAAACUCUGUCAAGUGGCCCUGUCCCUAUUUGGCAAUCUCGACCAGGUGUAUAUCGACGGUCUUUUAUGUGACGUUACCGAGACCGCUGUGGGAGACUGGUGGACGGAGUUCGGGGCCGAGUAUUACAACGUCGAGCCGACUGAUGGUAUUCUGGGACCGACUACUGUGGUGGCAUUACUGGGCCUACUGAUGGGGGCAAGGAAUAGGCUUAGCUAUUUCGGGGCCCCCGUGCUAAAGGAUGUCUUCGACAUUGACGCCACCGAAAGAGGUAUUUCCUAUUUCCAGAAAUACCACAAGCUUGACAGAACCAAACGCCUGGAUCUCAAGACAAUGCGCAAACUACAUACAGCGACUGCCAAAGCAGCCGCUGGAGAAGGCUGGGGCGUGCAGAAGGCCGUCAAGUCAACAGUCUCGGAAAUCGGCGGCAAGCGAGGCGAUAUUGUGCUGGGAAUGGUGGGUGGCCGCGACAAGGGUGGCAUUGGUGACAUUGAGACUAUCGACUUGGACAGAUUUAUCAGUCUGGCUUCAGGGGAACGUGCGAAGUGGCUUUGGUACGGCAAGCCUAAACGUGCAGCCGCCGCUUCCGACCAGGAGCGCUCGCUACCCGACAUGGGAGUCCUUUUCGGCAAAGAAGACCUCGGUGCGCAGGCGAAACGAACAAACUCCACGGCCGUAGAAGACGAACCUGAAGUCGUUCGGAGAGAUGAACCGCCUACAGUCUACUCUGGCCCUGCUCCUGGCUCUGCGGUUAGUGUAGCAGAAGGCCCCGGGGACAGAGAUGCGAUGCGGCGAGGUGUUUUCAAGAGUGUUGCACGAGACGCUCGCUCAGGACUUGGUCGGAUAAAGGAUGCAAUGACCAGCGGGAGCGGCCUGCGGGGGCACGCCAGCCGGCCGUCCAGGGACGAAUCCUCAGAUACCGCUUUCUCCGGUCAGCUAUCUUCUGUCCCAUCUAAUUACUCGGCCGGGGUACUGCCGAGCCCAAGUCCUGGUCCUGGUCCGGUCCCAGGACAGCUCAAUAGGGCGUUCACGUGGAAAAACAAACCAGAAGAAUACCUAAAUUCCCUAAGGGACAAGAGCGUCGAGUCAGCCACGCCUUCGGUCACGGCAUCGGCUCCAGAUGAAGCACUCUCGGCUCAAAGUCUGUCGACACCCCGUGCUAACGGCACUGUACAAAAGCCCAACAACGGAGACCGAAAACGGAUAUCUCAGAAUCUGGAUGUCUUGAAAGAAGCUGACGUGGGCGAAUCGCCUGCUGGUAGUACGGUAGGUGAGAGUGACGUGCAACAGCGCGUUCUGGGCGUGGAGCAGCGUAUCAACUCAGCCUUUUUGGGCUUGUACCGGCGACAUAGCAUAUCAGGAAUUCGCCCGGCCGGGCGUGCUGCUCCGAGCGAAGCUCGAUGGCCACGAAGGUUGUCGUUCGGCGAUGCGGAGGAGGCUAUACUUCGCUGGGUAGAAAUAAUGGAUAUGGCCGACUCGGACGACUCGGACAAUGAGGCCAUGUUCCAAAAGCAGGCACUCUUUGCCGAGACUGCCAAAAUCCUGUACAUGGGUAUAGCUAACAUGAAGGAACGCAUCGAGCCAUGGGUCGACGAGAACAUCAAGUCCAUCGAAGACAUGGAUGAUAAUUAUGCACGGCAGCAGGACGAAUUGCAGACUCUCUAUCACCAUUGCAGGGAUGUCUACCAGCGUAUGAAGCAGGACUCGCAGGAUACGGUCGGCGAAGAGAGAGUACAGAUCACCGAGGCGCUUAAGGAAGUCGAGGUAUUAGCAGCCAAGCUGGAGUACGAGAUCAACGUCCUGGUAUCGCGGGUACAGGAUGUUGAGGACGGCGUGGUGCAGUUCGAAGUGCAGGUGGACGACGUCGAGAGACGAGCUGACGACUUGAAGGCACACCUGGAGAAGGAGAGCUGGCUGCACUGGGCUGUCAGGACGUUGACGGGCAUUGGCACGGGUCCUAACAUAACCAGGCCACGGCAACACGAACAUGACAGUGAGGACAAGUCAGAAUAG